AUGAAUACAGCGAAGGCUAGUAAAGAAUCGGAUGUAUAUAGCUUUGGUGUUGUCGUACCUGAGAUUGCCACCGGACACAAAUCAAGGAAUCCUGGGGAUAUUAGUAACGAAAAGGGAUUAAUCGAGUGGGUGUGGGAUCUCUAUGGCAAAGGUGACUUAAUUUCUGCGGUGGAUCAGAGACUAGGGACUGAUUAUGAUGCUAAGCAGGCCGAGUGUUUGAUGAUGGCCGGUCUAUGGUGUGCUCAUCCUGAUCAUACUAUGAGGCCGUCUGUAAGACAAGUCAUUCAAGUUCUAAAUUUUGAGACCACUCUACCAAGCCUUCCACCCAAAAUGCCCAUUGCUACGUACCAUGUGCCUGUACAUUCUGCUAGUUCUAGUGUCCCUUCAAUAACUUCUACUAGCAUUGAAGUGGGUCGUUGA